UUUCCUGACCUCGUGAUCCGCCUGCCUCGGCCUCCCAAAGUGCUGGGAUUACAGGCGUGAGCCACUGCACCUGGCCAUGAUGGCUCCUUAAUGCCCUUACUGGCACUUUGGUUGUCUGUUGAAGUCCCCAGCCUGAUUAUCAACUCGUUUGGAGUGUGCUGGAUUCAGUCCACCCAGUUGCCUGGCAGAGCCAAGCCUGGCCCUGCCGCACCCCAAACUCGAUCUUGUGCCCAUGGCUGAUACUUCAUGGGCUACUUUGGCCCAGCCACUGUCUGCUUCCAUGGGAUGCCCACCUGUAAUGGAUCGAAUGGUGGCCCCCAAAAAGGUAAGUUCAUGCCCUAAUACCCAGACCCAGCGAAUGUGACCUAUUGGAAAAAAAUCUUUGCAGAUGUAAUUUAGUCAAGGAUCCCAAGAUGAGAGCAUCCAGGAUUAGUGGGGUGGACCCUACAUCCAAUGACAAGUGUCCUAAUAAGAGAGAGAAGAGGGCCGGGCGCGGUGGCUCAUGCCUCUAAUCCCAGCACUUUGGGAGGCCGAGGCGGGCAGAUCAUGAGGUCAGGAGAUCGAGACCAUCUUGGCUAACACAGUGAAACCCCAUCUCUACUAAAAAGACAAAAAAAUUGGCCGGGCGUGGUGGUGGGCACCUAUAAUCCCAGCUACUCGGGAGGCUGAGUCAGAGAACUGCUUGAACCUGGGAGGUGGAAGUUGCAGUGAGCCGAGAUCGCAGCCACUGCACUCCAACCUGGGCAACAGAGCAAGACUCUGUCUCAAAAAAAAAAAAAAAAAAAAAAAAAAAAAUCCCACUUGUGUCCCAAUUGGGGCCAGUGGCUGAAACUGUCAGACAUCUACACACCCACACAGAGCCAGCAGCUGCAUUCCUUUCUCUGUGACAACUGUCAAGGCCUUCCUGUGCAACUCUCUUCAGCCACCAAGGGACCCACAAGGCGGGCAGCCCUCCAAGUGCCCUUCAGCCUCCUCUCGCCCUCAAUGAGCUUGAUGAGGCUGCCAGCCUUGAGAGCACCACCGUUACCUGGUUGAAGAGGGGAGGGGAUGCCCAGCAUUGGCCUCUGCAGCGUGGAUCUCCUGGCCAGGCUCUCAGCUGUCAGAUCCUACAACCAGAACUCUGCGCCCCAGGAUGGAGGCUCCAGCCCAGAAGGCUGGGCAGGGAGGAACCCCCAAGGCCGAUGCCCAGGGUGCCUCUGGGGCCCGGGAGAAGAGGCCCGAGGAGCCGAGGCUCCUCGAAGAGGACCGAGCUGGGAGCCGCCCCACUCAAAAGGGGGACCUGCGUGGAGCGGUGGGCGGUAGGACGACUCCCCCAGGCGGGGGCUGCAGCCUCGGGGUGAGCCCCAGCCCGGGGACCCGGCACAGCGCCGGGACCAGACCCCUCGUGCGGGAGCCGUGCGGCCCCACCUCUUCUCAGGACCCUGAGCUAGUUAUCCCCGAGGGGCUGCAGGCCCGGGAGGGCCCCUGUAGGAGCCCGGCGCGUGGCGGGGACUGCAGCAGGAACUCCUGCCUGGCGCGGCAUCGCGGGGCGCCCGCUGGGGAGACGCCACCCGUGUGUGAACCCUGUCCAGAGCGGCUCCGGAACCGCCCCCGGACUCAACUGUGUGAGGUCCACAGGGACUGUUGGCCGUGCCAACCGGGGACUGGCGCUCCGACCCGCCCGAGGACCCCAAAGCCGACCUCCCGUGGGAGGAGCCCCCUGAUGGAGCAGCCCCGGGCUUGCGCGUGCGGAGAGGCCUUGGCGUGGAGGGCCCUGCGGAUCCCCCAGGAGAGGCUGCAGGCGACGGAGGAGCCCCGUCCGUGUGCCCGGUGCGGGAAGCGCUUCCGCCCCAACCAGCAGCAGCGGACAGGCAAGGGCCCCCCAGUGUGUCCUGAAUGCGGCCAAACCUCGCGACCUCGCCCGAUUGUCCCCGAUCCUCCGGCCCAGCGACUGUACGCUUGCGACGAGUGCGGCAAGGCCUUCACGCGCACCUCCAGCCUGCUGCAGCACCAGCGCAUCCACACGGGCGAGCGGCCCUACGAGUGCGCCGAGUGCGGCAAGGCCUUCGUGCGCUGCUCCGGCCUGUACCGCCACCAGAAGACGCACUCGGCCGAGCGCCACCGGCGCGGCCCCGUCCUGGCCCGGCGCGCCUUGCGUCUAGGGUGCCCGCCCUGCGGGGACUGCAGCGAGCGGAGUCCCCGACGGGGGUCGGGAACUGGGGAGAAGCCGUACGAGUGCGCCGACUGCGCCAAGGCCUUCGGGCUGUUCUCGCACCUCGUGGAGCACCGGCGCGUGCACACCGGCGAGAAGCCCUACGCGUGCCCCGAGUGCGGCAAGGCCUUCAACCAGCGCUCGAACCUGAGCCGGCACCAGCGCACGCACAGCAGUGCCAAGCCCUACGCGUGCCCACUGUGCGAAAAGGCCUUCAAGGGCCGCUCGGGCCUGGUGCAACACCAGCGCGCGCACACCGGCGAGCGGCCCUAUGGCUGCCCCGAGUGCGGCAAGACCUUCCGCGGCUGCUCCGAGCUGCGCCAGCACGAGCGCCUGCACUCGGGCGAGAAGCCCUACAUCUGCCGCGACUGCGGCAAGGCCUUCGUGCGCAACUGCAGCCUGGUGCGCCACCUGCGCACGCACACGGGCGAGCGGCCCUACGCGUGCGGGGAGUGCGGCCGCGCCUUCAGCCAACGAUCCAACCUCAACGAGCACCAGAAGCGGCACGCGGGCCGCGCCGCGCCUUGACUGCAGGGAGUCAACAGUCGACGCGUCGCCCAAGCGAACCCUGCGUCGAGGAGGGGCCUUUGUCCCGGAAAACCCACCAACGUUUGUAACCUUGAUUAAACUUCACUUUGUACACAUGGCGUC